AUGGGUUGUCCACAUGGAAAAUAUUCUGUGGCGAAAGCUUCUGCUUCGUUUACUAGCAUCACUCAGUCUGUAUCAUUAUCAACAGCCACUCAGCCUACUUCAAAAACUAUCGCAUUUCUAACAAAAUCUGCUAUUGCACGAACGGAUCGAGCUGUGAUACCAUGUGAGAAUGCUGAUGCUACUCAACCAGCUUCCUCAAGUGCAACAACCAAGAAUGCUCACAGAUCCGAAAGAGAAGACAUUCAAAAUAUAGUAGAAAUGCAUACUUCGAAUAAUAGCCGAAGAGAAUCUACAGUAUUAUUGCAUGACCCCUCGUCCGAGUUGUUACCCUCGGAUGCCGAAAACACACCAACAAGGGCAGCAGAUGAACGUUUACCUCUGUUAUCUCGCCGAAUUAACCUUGAAUCUCACCAACUUAUUUGGUGUGAUCUAAAUACUCCACCAGUCACCAUCGAUAUACUCAGAGAAAUUAUUGACUAUACAAAGUUAUUCGAUAACAUCGAAGAAGCUCGUCAGUAUAUUGAUCAACCAGCAGCUAAUAUUAGUACAUUUCUAGUCUGCUCAGGUGAACUAUGCGAAACACUCGUACCCGAAAUUCAUGAGCGAGAGAGUAUUCGAUCCAUUCACUGUUACUGUCAGAGUAAAGAACAUCUGCAACAAUGGUCUUCCAACUAUACAAAGGUAAGCUUAUCAAUAAUAUAAUUGACUUUUUGAAAAAAGAGCUUUCGCCAGACUCUUUGCAGAUUUGGAAAUCAACCGAAAAACUGAUCGGACAGUUUGCCUUGGUUUUACGGCGUAUUUCCAGCAUUGCAACACGACUUUUUCAAAACAAAAAUUAGGCAAAGAAAAGGAAAAAGACAAUCCGCAAGCAAAAAAUCGAUCUGCUUACCUCUCGCUUACAAAACUAUUAUCUGUUUCAAAAUAUAGUGAGCACAGUUGUUUUUUGAAUAACUCCGGAGCGGAAACAGCUAGAGACCUGCGGUUUUCACCAUUGUGUAGCCAAGACCUGCAGACAUCCUUUUGUAAGAAAAAACGUAUUUCAAAAUUUUCUAUAAGUCCGAUUGUUUUGCAUGUGUAGGUAGUCCAGAUGUUAGUCUACAUGAUUAUGUAAGUCUCAGCUCUCCAGCUAUCGUCGUUUGGACAGGGCUUGCUUUCGCCGAGUACGUGUCUAUCUCUGAGUAGACAUCUCUGGGAAUCUGGAAAUGCCAUGGAAUAUAGGUAAUCGACUACGCUGAGCAUAGUAGCAACAUUUGUUCUUAUGUAGGACUGAAAAUAACUUCACCAGAGGCAUAUUUAUGAAAAACCCGUUUUUCGCGUUUUACUAGCAAAAAUUAAAAUCCUUAUAUCUCGCUCAAAUCUCACGUUGAAUCAAGGAAAUUUUCAGGAAACGCUCAGCACAGAUGAUACAUGAAAAAUGCUUGAGAAAUUCCAAAUUGUCCAUAUAUAAAUUCCUGGAGCAAUUUCUACAUUUUUGAAAUUAUGAAUUUCUAUAUCGAAAUUCCUCAUUGAAUUUCUAGCGUUUUGAUAAUCAUUUCUCAAAAUUCGACGAGGAAUUUCUACAUCUUUGGAAUUCCCAAAGAAGAAUUUAUGGAACACUAUAAAACAAGGAAAAAAACCAGUCGUUAUAUAUGUUCUAUUCCUGCAGAAUAAAAGGGUGAACGCUUCAAGGAAGUAGAAAUUCGUCGAGAAAUUUCUACUUAUUUGAAAUUGCUGGCCGAAUUUCAACAUAUUAGGAAUUCAAAUAGCUAGAAAAUCUAUUCGACUUUUAAAAACAGAAAUUCGACAAUUUCUAUCUAUGUUGAAAUUAUUUGAUG